AGUCAGUCAAUCGGUGUUUUGAUAAGGUGACGGUUGUGUGAAAAAGUGUGUAAAAACGUACAUACUCUAAAACCGAAGUGUUUCUUGAGUUCACGAUGUCGGAUGAAAUCGCAGAGAAUGGAACAGCGAACGGCGACGUUCCGGAGAUCGAGCUGAUCAUAAAGGCAUCGACGAUAGACGGGCGGCGGAAGGGCGCGUGUCUGUUCUGCCAGGAGUACUUCAUGGACCUGUACCUCCUCGCAGAGCUCAAGACCAUCAGUUUAAAGGUGACGACAGUGGACAUGCAGAAGCCUCCGCCCGACUUCCGCACUAACUUCGAGGCCACACACCCGCCCAUACUCAUCGACAACGGCCUCGCCAUCCUCGAAAACGAGAAGAUCGAGCGCCACAUCAUGAAGUCCGUGCCCGGCGGUCACAAUCUAUUCGUACAGGACAAAGAAGUGGCCUCACUGAUCGAGAACCUGUAUUCGAAGCUGAAGCUGGUGCUGGUCCGCAAGGACGAGCAGAAGUCCGCGGCGCUCCGCGCGCACCUCGCGCGCAUCGAUGCUCAGCUGGAACGCCGGGGCACGAGGUUCCUGACCGGCGACACAAUGUGCUGCUUCGACUGCGAGCUGAUGCCGCGCCUGCAGCACAUCCGCGUCGCUGGCAAGUACUUCGUCGACUUCGAGAUCCCGACGAGCCUGGUCUCACUGUGGCGCUACAUGUACCACAUGUACCAGCUGGAUGCCUUCACGCAGAGCUGCCCCGCCGACCAGGACAUCAUCAACCACUACAAGCUUCAGCAGCAAGCAACUAAAGGUCUGCUGUCUCCCACGCUGCCGCGCAGUCGGCCGCGAGACGACCCCCAUGUGGCGCUGAAAAUGAAGAAACACGAAGAACUCGAAACCCCCACGUUCACGACGUCCAUCCCCGUCGACGUCAACUCCCACCACGAGCAGUAGCCCCUCCCCCCUCACACACACACACUCCACCGUUAUUAGUGAAUCGUAGCUGCUGGCGCACAUACACACACACACAUAUACAGAUAUUCUCGUGUACGGGAUGACUGCAAUGAUGCUACAUUCUAGAAAGAUCAUACAUAGUACCAAAAUUGUCAAAAGCCAACCUUUUUGACCGGGCUUUGAUUAGGAUUCGUCUUUUUUGUGAUUUUAAAAUCAUUUAUGCACUAGCUGUGUACGAUCCUUAAACCAGGUUUUUGUUCUUAGCCCACCUAUUAAAGAUAGGAACAUGACUAAAAUAAAACUAAUAUGUACCAGAAAAGAAAGGAAGAAUAUGUACAGAACCUUUUCUGGGUAAAGAAGUCGGUUAAAAAAACAUAGCAUUAUUGAAGAAAUGUAGAAAAUAGCUCUCCUAUUCAUUAUUUUUAGAGUAAUCUAAAAAUAACUACAAGUUACAUCUUUUGGGUCACUCACUCUACAUUUACGUCUCAACAUAUUAACCGAGUCACUCACGUUUUGACUCGAAAAUAUCUCCACUUAAAAACGUGAGUGACUCGAUGAACAUAUUAACCGGGUCACUCACGUUUUGGCUCGAAAAUAUUUCCACUUAAAACGUGAGUGACCCGGUUAAUAAAUCCGAGUCUCGAGAAAUGUUACUGAGACUGAGAGACAUGUAUCAUUCCGUGCACGUGAAGGUGCGGCCAGCACACUCGACCAGCCCGUGCGCGUGUACAAGGAGUCGCUCCACCACCCGCCUACGCCCGACAGAACUAAUAUAUUUUUAUACAAAUUUGGAAUUAGAGCAUUUUUAAUUUUUAGUGUUGCUAUGUUGGUAAUAAUUGAGUAUGUGAAUUUUUAUGAUGGUGCAAUCGAAACAUAGUUUUGGAUAUGUGACGCCGUUUGGGUUACGCGGCUGAUGAGGAGCUCGCUUCUCUAGUUGGUCGGUUCGAUGUUAAGCAAUUGUGGCCAUUAGUACUUGGUUUAACUCGUUGGGGACGCCCGGUAAUGUGUAUCAAACAUGAUCGGUAGAUUAAUCGGCAGAGGUGCCAAAAGUGCCCCGAUUACAAUCAGUCUUUUUCGGGUGGUAUAAGUGUGGGAGAGAGUCAUUGGCCGGUCCUGGACAUCCUCCUACAUCUAUACCCAACUAUCUAGUUUGUAACGUUCAUACAGUGUUCAAACACAACGAAUAAGCAUUCUGACUUUUUUUUGUAUUAUAUUCAUUAUUUAUGUAAGAUUGGAUUACAGUAUUUUGUUGGUUCUUUUUUGGACUCAUAGUGUAGUGUUAGGUUAGACAGAAACAAUUACAUCUCUUUCCAAUACCUCUGCCCAUUUAUUUUGCCUGUGUAUUCUUUACAAAUUUUCAUUGACUUUGUAUAAUACAAUAUAUACUCUCUUGCCUGUCAUGUUACCUUUGGUAAGGUAGUUUUGAUUUACACUUUCAUUCCCAUUAUUUGGGAAACAAUAUUAUUAAAACUGUUUUAAGUUACAGACAUUCAAUUUACAACAAUUAAUGAUCUUCAAUAUAUUUCCUGAACUUCAAAACAUAGUUUUAAUAAAAAAGGACUGUAACAAAAAGUAUAUGUUGCUGAUAAUAAUACAUAUAAACAUAGUACACUGACACAAGGGCGAGAGACCAUCACCAUGUCUGGACAAUGUAUAAAAUAUUAAUUCUAGAUUAUAAUUUAAGUGUUAAGGAAUAAAUCUGGAUAAAUAUUAUUUUUUUCA